GGGAGAUUGAAAAGUGAGUUUGAAAUGAGUGACUUGGGCAAACUCAAUUACUUCCUUGGAUUAGAAUUUCACUAUGCUUCAGAUGGUAUUGUAUUGCAUCAGAGAAAAUACAUUGAAGAUGUAUUAAAGAGAUUUCAAAUGGAGAAUUGCAAAGCAGCUGAAACUCCAAUGGAUGCAAAUUUGAAAUUGUCAAAAAAUGAAGAUGAACAAGCAGUUGAUGCUACUUUGUUCAAGCAGGUAGUUGGCAGCUUGAGGUUCAUUUGCAUUACAAGACCAGACAUUAGCUAUGCAGUGGGCUCAGUGAGUAGGUUCAUGAGUAAGCCUAAAACUUCUCACUUGAUUGCAGCAAAAAGGAUCCUAAGAUACUUGAAGGGUACACAGGAUUAUGGUCUAGCUUUUCCAACAAGCAACAGUGAAACUCAAAUUGAACUUGAAGGUUUCUCAGACUCUGACUGGUGUGGAGACAAAGAUGAUAGAAGGAGCACAUCAGGUUACUGGUUCAGGUUCAGAAAUUCACCUAUCUCAUGGUCUUCAAAGAAGCAGAACAUAGUGGCAUUAUCUAGUUGUGAGGCUGAGUAUGUAGCAGCAGCACAAGCAGCUUGUCAAGCAGUUUGGCUUGAAUCCUUACUAGAAGAAUUGAAGAUCAACUAUGUGAAGCCUAUGAGAUUGAAUGUUGACAAUAAAUCUGCAAUCAACUUGGCAAAGAACCCCAUUGCACAUGGAAGGUCAAAGCACAUUGAAACCAAGUAUCACUUUCUAAGAGACCAAGUCAGCAAAGCAAACUGA